UAUACGUCUUGGAGAGGAUGGCACUGUGGUCAUUCAGAAUACGCAAAUACAUCUCUAGUCCUACGGAUACGGUUCGGUAAAAUGAUGAGUUGAAGGUACAAAAAAACGGAAUGUUUAACUCAAUCCGCUGGAUAGUUUAUUGUAUUGUGCUGCGAUAAAAACCCGACUCGAUGCGUCCUAACCUUUCAGUUUCUAAAAUGAAGUUUUACUCGGCGUUUGUACUAGGAUGGUGCUCAGUGGUAUUGUUUUCGGUACUGGUGAACACAGCAGUUGGACAAGAUCUGAGUGAUCCCGAUCUGCAGGCAAUGCUGCUGGAGUAUGAAACUGAACAUAUGGCGGAAAGCUACCGUUUCAAAUACGCAACCGACGAUGGACAGAUUCGAGAGGAGACGGGUUUACUGAUGAAUCCUGGAACACCGGAGGAGGAGCUGGUCGUAGUAGGAAUGUACGGUUACGAAACCAACGACGGUACUCAAGUGAUGGUUAUGUACGUCAGUGGAAAGAAUGGUUACCGGACCAAAACAAAGACGCGACUACUUCAAGAGUCGGAACGGAAUAGAAAACUGCUCAGAUCGUUGGUUGGCUAGGUUGGAAGUGAUAUAUGAAUAAUUGUGGAUUGGAACAGAUUGAAAAUCGUGAAUUGCGAUCCUUGUUUCCGAAAGAUACUCUUCCUUGUUAAUGAAGUUUCGUUUCAGCGUCAAAUUCGUCCAGAGCAUGUUAAUUUUAAAUUCCGUUAAGCUAAUACAGGUGACAUUUAAAGAGGAAUAAGUCGAUGACAAUUGAAUGCUUCAGUCCUGUCAGUUUUACAAGGUGUGAUAUUUCCUGCUAAUAAGCUCAUUUUUCGAAGCAAUGCUGCUGUCAAGUUUUUUGCUAAAACUGCAUCAUACGAAUCUCGUUUUUAGACUGGUUUUUUGAAUUAGAUUUCACAUUUGGUAGUGUAAAUAAAGAACGUACACAAUAUUGUUUCAUAUCCUACGAUCUAUCAACACUCAACUAUCGUAAGUAGUAGUAAUCAUAACAACUAAAUCAUAAGAGAACACGUUGGCAUGGAAUCAGCGCUCCAUGCACGCGGCUAUCAGAUGUGAAAGUAAAAGCUUUCCGACCUGUUUUAAUUUGUUGUGGUUAUAUCCUAGUGACUUUUUUGUGGCGUGAGUCCUAUCGCCUCGUUUGCGGACGACUUAACACUCCAGUUCACUUUUGAAACAUUAGAUUAUUAGCGAAGAAAUCAUGAAUACAUUAUUAUACUGUUCUACAAAAAAACAGCAUGAGUUUGUCAAAACCGCAUUUUGUUUUCGGAAAGUGGAAAGAAUUAUGAAAAUAAGA